GGCGCGCCGCCUGUGUCAUCCGCCAUCUUGUGCGAAGCAAGGUGGCCUCCACGUUCCCUGAACGUCUUCUCCGCUUCUGCCUCGACCGCCCCUUGAUCACAGACAUGUCUCGGGACCGGUUCCGAAGUCGGGGCGGUGGCGGUGGCGGUUUCCACCGACGCGGAGGGGGAGGCGGCCGCGGCGGCCUCCACGACUUCCGCUCCCCGCCACCCGGCAUGGGCCUCAAUCAGAACCGCGGACCUAUGGGGCCCGGCCCGGGCCAGGGUGGCCCCAAGCCUCCGAUCCCGCCACCGCCUCCGCACCAGCAACAGCAGCAGCCACCGCCGCAGCAGCCGCCACCACAGCAGCCGCCGCCGCUUCAGCCGCCGCCGCACCAGCCGCCGCAUCCGCAGCCGCCGCAUCCGCAGCCGCCGCCGCCACAGGACUCAUCUAAGCCUGCCGUCCCUCAGGGACCCGGCCCGGCUCCCGGAGUAGGCAGCGCUCCCCCCACCUCCGGCUCGGCGCCGCCCGCCACACCCCCGACUUCGGGGGCCCCCACGGGGCCAGGCCCCACCCCGACCCCGCCGCCCGCUGUCACCUCGGCGCCCCCCGGGGCGCCCCCGCCCGCGCCGCCGAGCAGCGGGGUCCCCACCACCCCCCCUCAGACUGGCGGCCCGCCGCCUCCACCCGCGGGGGGCCCGGGCCCCGGGCCUAAGCAGGGCCCAGGAGCCGGCGGCCCCAAAGGCGGCAAAAUUCCAGGCGGGCCGAAGCCCGGCGGCGGCCCAGGCCUAAGCGUUCCUGGCGGCCACCCCAAGCCGCCGCACCGAGGCGGCGGGGAGCCCCGCGGGGGCCGGCAACACCACCCGCCCUACCACCAGCAGCACCACCAAGGGCCGCCGCCCGGCGGGCCCGGGGGCCGCAGCGAGGAGAAGAUCUCUGACUCCGAGGGGUUUAAAGCCAACUUGUCUCUCUUGAGGAGGCCUGGAGAGAAAACUUACACGCAGCGUUGUCGGUUGUUUGUUGGUAAUCUACCUGCUGAUAUCACGGAGGAUGAAUUCAAAAGAUUAUUUGCUAAAUAUGGAGAACCAGGAGAAGUUUUUAUCAACAAAGGCAAAGGAUUCGGAUUUAUUAAGCUUGAAUCUAGAGCGUUAGCUGAAAUUGCUAAAGCUGAACUUGAUGAUACACCCAUGAGAGGUAGACAGCUUCGGGUUCGAUUUGCCACACAUGCUGCUGCCCUUUCUGUUCGAAAUCUUUCACCUUAUGUUUCCAAUGAACUGUUGGAAGAAGCCUUUAGUCAGUUUGGUCCUAUUGAAAGGGCUGUUGUAAUUGUGGAUGAUCGUGGAAGAUCUACAGGGAAAGGCAUUGUUGAAUUUGCUUCUAAACCAGCAGCAAGAAAAGCGUUUGAAAGAUGCAGUGAAGGUGUUUUCUUACUAACAACAACUCCUCGUCCAGUCAUUGUGGAACCACUUGAACAGUUAGAUGAUGAAGAUGGUCUUCCUGAAAAACUUGCACAGAAGAAUCCAAUGUAUCAAAAGGAGAGAGAAACCCCUCCUCGUUUUGCCCAGCAUGGCACAUUUGAGUAUGAGUAUUCUCAGAGGUGGAAGUCCCUGGAUGAAAUGGAAAAACAGCAGCGGGAGCAAGUUGAAAAAAACAUGAAAGAUGCAAAAGACAAAUUGGAAAGUGAAAUGGAAGAUGCCUAUCAUGAGCAUCAGGCAAAUCUUUUGCGUCAAGAUCUGAUGAGACGCCAGGAAGAAUUAAGACGCAUGGAAGAACUUCACAAUCAAGAAAUGCAGAAACGUAAAGAGAUGCAAUUAAGGCAAGAGGAGGAACGACGUAGGAGGGAAGAAGAGAUGAUGAUUCGUCAACGUGAGAUGGAAGAACAAAUGAGGCGCCAAAGAGAGGAAAGUUAUAGCCGGAUGGGCUACAUGGAUCCGAGAGAAAGAGACAUGAGAAUGGGUGGUGGAGGAGCAAUGAACAUGGGAGAUCCCUAUGGUUCAGGAGGCCAGAAAUUUCCACCUCUAGGUGGUGGUGGUGGCAUAGGUUAUGAAGCUAAUCCUGGAGUUCCACCGGCAACAAUGAGUGGUUCCAUGAUGGGAAGCGACAUGGUAAUGUAUCCUGUGGGACAUAGUUCACAAGGAAAUUCUCGUUUUCACAACUUAUGUGUGUGUGUUCUUUUGUUUUUGUUUUUGUUUUUAAGUAGGUGACUGGACCUCUUUUAGUUCCCCUAUCAUGUAAAUCGUAGUAUUGAGGAAUACUUUGGCAACAUUAGAAGAACUCAAUGUGGUAACCUAAACAGAUAAGGUUGCCAACAAAAAGUCAAUGCUUUUAGUAGUAUGUUGGAAUUAUUCUUGGCAAUAAGUAGACUUAGGUGCUUUCCAUUAUAUUGCUUGUGUACUUUUGCACUAUAGCUCAUGGCAAAUCCAAAUUCUAAAUGUUAGAUAAUGUAACAUUCUACAUCCACGUGAGAGUAAUCAAAUGGCAAGCUGUCAUUCGUUAAGCUGGUAUUUGCCAAAAGUGUGAAUCAGACUUGUUUGUAGCUUUAGGCAUGUUUUAGCAAUGUGUAGGACUUUGACCUAUAUUUGGUGUGACUUCUACCCAUGAAAAAGGAAUUGUUUAGUCUUCGGACUCGUCGUCUCCCACCUGUUGGGCCUGUCUAUAGGUGUACCUUCUAAAAUAAACUGACAUCUCUGUUUUGCUACAGGGUAGCAAAAGUCAAUGAUAAUUUUAAGCAUACUAGUUGUGUGCAUUUGAUCUGAACCUUCUUGAUGCUGUCAUAUUUUAGCUGUACACAGAUAGCCUGUCAGGAUACUUUAGAGCAACCAAGUGAAUUGGUCUGAGUGGCUGUAUUAGGACUUUACAAUCCUUAGAAGAACGGAGUAUUGGCUGUAGAGGUGGGUUUGGAGAAAAGUACAUUGUCACAACUGAAUUGAAUCUGAUUAGUUCACCUACAGGCUUUUGGCAAAGGAGAGAAGCUGCAGCAUAUAGCUCACUAGAUUCAUUUUACAAAUAAGAACAUAAGGAUUUAGAAUGGGGCCUCAUCUAUUUAAAAUCUUCUUUAGGCUUUUGAGAAUUAGAAUCAUAAAUAGCCGGUUGGGUUAAACAUAGUGCUGUUAGCUUUCUUCAAAUUGAAUUUUAAAAAUAAUGUGGGUAACAUUUUGGUUUAUAUCCUUCCUAAUAGGCAGGUGUAGGUAUAUCAAAUUUGUAACUGUAAUUUGACAUGAUGUUCCCACAGUUAAGAUUCUGUAGU